AUGACCACCUAUAGUCCCGAUAACGAUGAGAAUGAUAUCGGUACUGACACCAGACUUCCUCUCAAAUUUGAUUCUUCGUUCACAACCCAACAACUGGAAGAUGCUCUGUGUGGCCCGAUUUCCUUUUCAGUGAGGGAUGAAGAAGAUGAGGUAGAAGACAAAGACCUCUGGACCAAAUGGACUUCACUUCAGACUAUCCCAUCUGGAUUAUUAUUAUCGUCUUAUCCCGUCUCACAGACAUUGAUAAGUCCCCCACCUUCACCAACCAGUAUCAAACGAUCUUCCACUGGAUUCUCUUUGCCCAAAAGACUAACUUUUGGUCGAACUGAUUCCAUGGCAUCCCUAUCAUCCGCUUCGGCAUCACCGACAACGCCAAACAUGCUUCGUCGUUUCAGUGGUCUAUCUGGAUAUUUCGGUUCACAAACACAAACACAGCCAAGCCCAUUGCCAUCGCUUCCUACAGGUUUAGAAGAAGGUAUGCCAUUGGAAUUUGAUAUACUCACAAGGUUCGAUCCUCGUUUUAAUGUCCCUCCUAAAUUACGCAAGAGUUUGAAACAUGAAGGAGAGGACAUUACCAAGCUUACAUAUGACUUCUGGCCCCGACAGCCGAAUGUACUUAGUAAAGAAACGAUCAUCCAAGAGAAUGGUCUGGCCGGUAAAGGGAAAGCGAAAUUUAGUUUGGAAGAAUCAGGUUGGACGCGUGCGAUAGUGUGUACGACUGUCACCGGUACGUUGGUACCCACGAAUCAUAAUGAAUUGUCGGCGGUUAUUGAUGUGUUCUCUAUGAUCAGGUUAAGAGUGUCGGAUGGGAGGGCUUUCGAAGAAGAUGAAAUAGGCAAAAUUCCCACCGGGGAAGAUCAAUUGACUUUAUAUAGAGCUGUGGAGGAGUAUACGGAUGGACUGUCAAGAGUACGAGAGGAUCACGAGAGUCGUAAAUCCCGUAAGAAGAAUAGACCUUCUAUCUAUCAGAGGAAGAAUAUGUGUUCGUUGUUGGAGAAUGAGAGUGAUGAUAAUGCUCAGUUUGCUAGACCUGCUUGUAUGACAUCUUAUAUUGAAAGACGUGUCAAGGUGAUUGAGUGA